AUGGAUCUCCUCGGCGUGCUAGAAGCCAUGGCUUCAAUGUCGUUCGACCAGCCCCAGGACGACGAGCCACUCCCCACCGACGUCGUCGAGAGAUGGCAGCGCCUCUUCGGAUUCGACACCUACGCCGAAGCAGCUUCGAAGAUCCAAGAACACCGAUCGAACCUCGGACGUGAUACCGUCUCCGACGUCCAUUGGGAUAUGGUCCGCGAGGAGAAAGAGGCCCAAGGGUACGACAAGGAAGCGUACGAGUAUUCAUGCAGACUCCAGGCAACCGUCAGACCCCCCGCGCCAACCAAGUCGAAACCCGUCAAGAAGUCCAGACCAGCCAAAUAUCUCGUCAUGCUCAGCGGCCCACUCGACAGCGCGGUUAGAAUCAGGACCAUGGCGAACACACAGGAGACACCAGAAGUCUUCGACGGCACGCUUGACGAUGGCAGUCAGGCCCAGUUCUGCGUUGUGGACGAAUACGCGAAGGAAAGUAUUCUUGAGGCCCUUUCGCAGGAAAAGUCAUCGUUCCAGCCGCUUUUUAUUCGGCAUAAUAAGGCCGAGAAGGAGCUGUCUGCGACCUCGAUGUAUCCGACGCUCGGUCUCGACGCCACCCUCCCACAAAACCGGCCUACCAGCUUGAACGAUGAGAGACUCUCACCUUCUCAGAACGAGUACCCGGUGUGGUACUUCUUCUACGGCACCCUUGCCGACCCGACCGUCAUCCAAAGGCUGUUGUCGGUCGAACCUGAAUAUCGCAAGGCGACUAUUCGGCGGGGUGCCUUGAUGACUUGGGGUGGAAAGUAUCGGGCACUCAUCGACGCACCGGCGGAUAGCACGAUCGAUGGGUACGCUUUCAGGGUCGUGAGUCAGGAACAGGAGGACGUGCUGCAGACGUAUGAGACGGACAAGUACGAAGUCGUGAGGUGCCUGAUUGAGAUGGAGGACGAGGCCGUGAGAGGAUUGACGUUCCGGUUUAUUGGCGAGCCUCAUGCAUGA